UCGUUACAUUUACAAGAGAAGAAGAAGAAGAGCGUAUUCACUUCCGUGUAAAUUUCAUGAAUGACUGUCACAGUGUAGCUCGCUAACUAGUACCAACUUCCUCCGAGUAGUGUUCCUUGUUUGACAGCUGCCGCUAGCGCCCGGUUGCUCUAGAAUGGAUUAUACUGCAACUCAAAGUGGGUUCAGACAGCGUAAGUUACAGCCCAGUAUGCGUCUAAGGAAUAGUCCAGGGGACGGUCCAGAUGGCAGUCAGCUGUUUGAGGAUACGAGCAGAGCUGGGCCUGGACCACAGGCAGGAUACAGGAACCAGCAGGCCGGCCCUCAAACUGCAGGAUUUCCUGGUCAGACCCUCCUGUCAGAGCCCAUGUCCAAUCUGGCCAUGGCAUAUGGCAGCUCGCUGGCAUCCCAGGGGAGAGAAAUGGUCGACAAGAACCUGGAUAGAUUCAUCCCAAUUUCCAAGCUAAAGUACUACUUUGCUGUGGACACAGUGUACGUCGGGAAGAAGCUGGGCCUUCUAGUUUUCCCAUAUAUGCACGAAAACUGGGAGGUGAGCUACCAGCAGGACACUCCUGUGGCUCCCCGCUUUGAUGUAAACGCUCCCGAUCUUUACAUUCCUACCAUGGGCUUCAUCACAUACAUCCUGGUGGCCGGACUGGCCCUCGGCACACAGAGCAGGUUUUCACCAGAGCUGCUGGGAGUUCAGGCAAGCUCAGCUUUGGUGUGGUUAAUCAUGGAAGUCCUGGUGGUCCUCCUGUCACUCUACCUUGUCACUGUAAACACAGACCUCACCACUAUAGACCUGCUGGCAUUUGCUGGCUAUAAAUAUGUUGGGAUGAUUGUAGGCUUAGUGGCGGGCCUUUUGUUUGGGAAGCCGGCAUAUUAUCUGUCUCUGCUGUGGUGCUGUGCUGCCAUCUUUAUCUUCAUGAUACGCACUAUGCGUCUGAAGCUGUUGUCAGAAGCAGCGGCAGAAGGGAAGCUAGUGAGAGGAGCCAGAAACCAACUGAGGAUGUACCUCACCAUGGCUAUAGCAGCAGCACAGCCCAUUUUCAUGUACUGGCUCACUUUCCACCUCGUCAGAUAAAAACUCCAGCACUCGCACACAGAACUCGUCAUCUCACCUGACUAAAAUUUGAAAAAGGAAAAUAAACACAACACACAUAUCAAAGAAGCUGGACUUGGAUGAAACACACAGCGACAUGAAGACUCUCCACGUACGUGUGGCGCUGAACAACAUACGCUACAAGACGAUUUAGAGAAGAUGCGAGGCGUUACCGCCGUUUCACAGCACAGCCAUUUCAUUAGCAUUGCCUUUUUUAAGUCUUCGCAAUUUUGUAGCAAGAGCAAGUGGCUUUAAGUUUUUUCUACUGUGUAAUUACUGGUUAAUUAUGUUUUGUUUUUUGUUUUUUUAGGAGUAUUUAUGUAUGUAUGUUUGUGUACAGCAAGAGUAUUAUUGCAGAUGUUUCAUGAGCGAUAUCUCUGAGCCAAGAAAAAGUGCUAACCUCAGACAGACCGUCCACUUAAUAAAAAGAACUCAAAUCUGGGUUUGAAAAUGAUCAACUGGCUCUGCUUGAACGUUUGGAUGAUGAAAGCUUUUCCCCUUCUCCUAAUGUUUUUUUUUUUAAUGGUUGUAAAUGUCCAGCAGCAUGAGUAAAAACAUCUAUCUGGAAACCAGGGUUACCCAACUCGUCUAUAAAUGUCAUAUAAUGUAAUAAAGUGGACAUCUUUGUUCACACACUCUGUAUUGAUUCUGAAAAUAUAUGUUGUAUAAUUCACAACAUAUGGAGAGGCAGUAAAAUUUGAAGUGUGCAACAUAAACCAGAAGCGGAUAAUUUUUGCUUUCAAAGUAAAAUCAACUUUAACUUUGAAA